AUGAUGCUUUCCCCAACUCAAGGGGUUCCUUCACAAAAUCCAGAGUGGAAUGGGUAUCAAGACACCUUAGGAUAUAUGAUGAACAACCUGGUGACUGAAACUAAUAUGUAUCAACACCAUCCACCCCAGAAAUUAAUUGAAGAAUAUCCAGAACGACCUGGCCAACCCAAAUAUCCAUUUCCUCUUUAA